GACUAAUUCUUGUUAUGAGCAGGGCGCCAAUACCGCUUAGGACUUUCGGGCCGAACCAAGGUUUUCUCAUUGAUAUCUUGAGCAAACCUCAUGAUCUACACAACUGUCUUUGCAGACCAGCAUGUUGUAAAAAGCCGAUAUUAAGUUGCCCUGGGAAGAGAUAACGUAACAAAUGGCUGCAAGCGGGCAACGUGCAAACGAUGGGAAAAUGCCACCUUCACAAGUCCUCGCGCAAACAUGGCACACCAAGAUACCUGUGCUCCUAUUGUUGGCCCCUGAUAACAUCAGCAGCCCAUCGGCUGUGCGACCCAUCUAUCUGAUGGGCCCCCGGCAGGGCUACCUCACCGUGCUAGCAGCCCAGGCGUGGCCUCACCUGCAGCACGUGUUACCCAGCCUGCCCGGACGGCCGCAGGGGCCCCCUCGCCCCUGGUUCGAUUGCCGGGGAGUGCCGCUCAAGUGGCAGCUGCCGUGCGGUGUAUUGUACGACCUGCUCGGAGGGGAGGACCCGGGGGCUGGGGGGGCGGGGGGAGUAGCAGCAGGAGAAUGGCAGCAGCAGUACCUGCCUUGGAGGCUUACGGUCCACUACACGCACCCGCCCGACUCGCUGGUGGGGUGGGACACGGGCGCCUCCCCGCAGGCGCAGUUCAUGAACUCACUCAAGGAGGCAUGCUACAUCUGUCGGGGAACGGAGGGCAGCGGAGCCGUCAUGCGAAUGGGCAGUACGGCUCAGGACGAGCUAUGGGCUGCCGUACAAUCGGGGGACGUGGCGUCGUACCGUAAGGCCCUGGAGGCGCUCCGAGUGGCGCCGACCUCGCGUCAAGGCCAGCCCCCAAACAUCCCGGUGCGGCUCUUCCUCCUCCGCCGCCCCGCCACCUCCGCCACUUCCGCACCCGCUCCGACCACCUCAUCAUCUGCUACCCCAGCUGCGGCGGCGGCAACGGCGGCGACGGCUUCCGCAUCCGCUGCAGCCUCUGCCGCAGCCCCCGCUGUUGACCGUAGCAACGCCACCACCACCACCACCAACAACAACAACAGCAGUCCUGGCACUUCUGCAAGCGGUGCAAAGGCCAACAACUCUGCCAGCGUCGCACGAACCGCAAGCAGCAGCAGCAGCGUCGCCGUCAGCAGCAGCAGCGGCAGCAGCAUGCAUGGAGCCGUUGGCGGCGGUGCCGGGGGCGGCUGGUGGGAGAGCUGUAUCACUGCGACCAGCCGUCCGGUGGCGGCACUGCAGGGAGGUGCGGCAGGUGCGGGUGCGGGUGCGGGCGGGGGAGGUGGAGCUGGAGGAGGUUCAACACCCACGAGUUUGGGGCAGCUGCUGCAUAUCGUGUUGCCGCACAUCUUCCCGGAGUUUGAGGUACCACCGUUGGAAGCGGACUCAUUACAGCAGGGGCAGCAGCAACGUGUAAAACCCGCACAGUUGCAGCAACAACCCCAUCAGCAGCAGUCCUCCUGGUCACCCCCAGCACCACCACCGUCGCCGCCAGCCUCAUCAUCCCCCUCCCCAGCGCCGCCACCGCCACCGCCGACCCCAGCGGACACGAUACCCGCAUCCCCUUGCAGCACAUCACCGCCACCGCCACCGCCCUCCUUGCGCGCGAAGCCGCUUCAAGGGCAGACGCAGCACCAACCUGCAGGGGGACAUCAGGAGGGGCAGCAACAACAGACCCAGCAACAAGGGCUGCAGCAGCAGCAGCAGCAGCAGGAGGAGCAACAGCAGGAGGAGCAGCAGCAGCGGCAGCAGCAGCAGUCAGGGCUGCCUAGCACUGCGGCGCCCCAUGAGGAGGCCACGGAGGUCACGGAUCUGGGGGGCGGGCGGCCGGGGGGCUGCCAGCGCCUGCCUGCAUCAACAUCAUUACCAUCAACAUCAACAGGGGCAGCAGCAGCGGCGGAAGCGGCGGACGCGGAGCCAGCAGCUGCAGUAGCGGAGGGUUCAGUAGCAGCAGCAGCUUGUGAGCCUGGGCCGUCAGGGGAAGGCAAACUGGCGGGUAGACGGGGCGUUGUAACAAGAACCAGCAGCAGCGGUGGCGAAGGCGGUGGAGGCGGAGACGUGGGAGGCAGCGGGAGGGAUGGAAGGGAUCGCGCCGGGGAGGAGGGCGAUGAUUCGCGGGUGGUAGGAGACACCGGCACGAGGCUGGAGGAAGAGGCUGACAAGGAGGGAGGCUUGGGAGGAGUGGCUGCUGAUCCCGGGGAUGCCAGCGCUGCAGCUGCAUGUACCAGUCUGCAAGUGCAGGAGCAGCAGCCGCAGCAGCAGCAACCGCAAUUGCAACCACAAUGCCCGGCGGUCCCCGCCGUCCCAGUUGCUGCCGGUAGUGUUGCUGCUGCUGCUGCUGCCGCUGCUGGUGGCGGUGGCGGUGGGAGCAGCCCCUGCAGCAGCAGGAGGGGUAGCAGGAGGUGGCCCGCGUGUCGGGUGUUGGUGGGCGGUAUUAGCCCGCCCUUGGCUGCACCCGUGGGCUGGCUGCACGCGGCCAUGCACGCACCCGACCUCUUCCUGUACGUUGUCGUACACCUGCUGGAGGAGGAGGGGGAGGAGCAGGAGGGUGAGGGGUGAGGACAAAGGGCGAGGAGGGGGACACUUGGAGGAAAGUAGAGGAUGGGGAGGAGUACGAGGGGAGGGCGAAUGUAGGUCGUGCGGGUAGGGGGCAGGGUGGCCUGAUCUUGGAAGCCGGCUUUAUGUACGGCAGGUGAUGAUGUUGGUGAUGACGAUGAUGAGCCAGCAGAGUGUUCUGCUCUCGUGCACGUUACAGGGACUUGACGGUGGUAGCGGCCGCGACUUGUAGCUUCAGCAACCCGAUUUGUAACCUGUAAGGGCAGCAGGGAC